AUGGAACUAUUCUCAGCACCAGAGGACAACCGGUGCAUGUCGGAAAUCUCGCAGGAGGACGCGGCGUCGGUGAUCAAAAUGUCGUCGACCCCCAGCCCAACUGCCUCGGCUUCAGCCAGCGGCUCGUCAGCAUCCAGAAGACCGCCCCGGAAGAGUACCCUGACCCAGCAACAGAAGAAUCAGAAGCGUCAACGCGCCACUCAGGAUCAACUCGUUACGCUGGAGAUGGAAUUCAACAAGAACCCUACGCCAACCGCUACUGUUAGGGAGAGGAUAGCGGAGGACAUCAACAUGACAGAGCGUUCGGUGCAGAUUUGGUUCCAGAACAGGCGCGCAAAGAUAAAGUUGAUGGCGAAGAAGAGCAUCGAAACUGGCGAGGAUUGCGACGCUAUUCCUGAAGCAAUGCGACAGUACCUUGCAAUCCAAGCUAUGGAGUCUGGAAAGUCGUUGGGAGGAAACUUCCUGGGCCGCUCCGGCCUCAUGCCUUAUGGCAGUGGUAGCUUGAUGAUGGGAGGAGAUCAGGGCCCGCAGGGAAAAGUUGUUAUCCACCAUUUUUCAUGUCGGUCGUUGAGCAUUGGAUCUUGGAGACGGGUCGGCCAAAGUGCGAUGGAUCUGAUCAUCUUCUACUCGCCAGACAAGGCAUGCAUGACAUACUACAUUAACAAUGAUCAAGCAGGCUACAAGAUCGAGUACCCUUUUGCAUUCAUCAAGAACAUCUACCUUGAAAACGGAGAUAUGGAGUCUGGAACGCCAGGUGGCUUGGUUGUCGAGCUCAACCGACCCCCGAACUUCUUCAUGGAUUCGUCCGGAUCCGGCGGUUUCUUCCAAUGUGGUGAUUUCACGGAAGAACAGCAAGCAUCUUCUCAGAUGAUUCAUAAUCUCGGCGGACACCCCAAGGUUCUCAGCGGACAACUCGCCAAGCUGGUCUCCCUGGAAUCUUUCAUGAAUCGUCACAACCAAUUCGAGCCACAGAUUUCAGUAUCUGCUCCCUCGUCUCCGAUUGGUAUGCGGCCAGCGUCUCAGCCAAACUACAAUGCCCAGGCACAUGUUGGUAUGUUCCAGGAGGGGUGGGGCGUGAACAUGAACACUCCUGGUCAGAGAGGCCCUGGCCACAAGAGACAGCGAAGUAGGUCCGUUCCUAUGGCGGUCGACUUUUCGAUGUUCAACAACCCCAUGCCUUCCUUCCUUAUUCAGCACACGGGUGAGAACCCGCAGCACCAUCACAAUCCAAACAUCUUCGCACCCGUCCCACAGCAGGCAAAUAACAUGGGGGCUCUGGGGCCAAACUUGCGGAUCGACACGUCGUCUGGAUAUGGAAUGGAUUUCAGGCAAUACCCCAUGUCCGCUACUACAGCCGCAUCGCCGUCCGAUUUUGCAAGCCCCGGGUUCUUCUCCCAAGGUCCGGACACAGGCGGUCUUACUGCCCCUUCAUACAACAAUACGCCAUACAAUGUCCCCUAUCUCUCACCCAACCCAAUGGCUGAUUCUGUCCAUGGCAUGAUCCAACCCUCUGUGUCGCCACUUUCCUUCAUGAGCCACGCCGACCCGGCUAUUGUUGAUCAGUCACCCCCGAUGAUGAUGCACCGUAGCGCUUCCGCAGAUGUCUAUACCAUGCAGCAUGACCACUCGAACAUCUCCGAUGACGGCACUGGACUCAACGAGAUGUACUCCAAACACACUCUAAACCUGCCUAUGCAUCCUCACUCGCCGCCCUUUACAGAGCAGUCUCAGGCCGAUAUUGACAUGCAUCAACUCGUCUCGUUCGACGACAAUGCCGCAAGUCUCUCACCCGAAACUAUUUCCCAAUAG